GUCCUGGGUCUCCAAGAGUUCAAGCUAAUUAUACACUCGUGCACUUCAUUAAAAUUGUAGAUCACUUGACUAUAUAGUUCUAGUUGUUCUUCCGUUCUCCUUUUUGCGACACUUGUCGUUUUUUGCAUGGACACGUUUUUUGUGGUUCCGUUUUCUACGCUGUUUCACUGAAAACCUUGAAACUACAUAAUCCUGUUUUAUAAUUUUCUUGCGAGACAAUUUGAGAAUAUGUGAUUUGCGUAGAAAAUUAUAUCAGUUAUGCCAAAUUUGGUAAAGUGGUGGUUUGUAAAUUAUUCCUGGAUCGUGUUCCUGUUAGUGCUGUGCUUCCUCCCAAGGCUGACUUUAUCCCAAUAUGACGCGGUGGACUACGAAUUGGAAAAUGAAUACGACGAUGAUCAAGAUGUUCACGACGACCAACAGCAACAGCCACCACCUCCGGAAGCCACCCUUAUACCCCCACCACCCUCACAAGCAUUAGCGGAUGACAAACCUACGAUUUUUAAGCUACCCGAGCAUUACAGUGUACAUAAAUCUCCUCCUUUGAUAGGCGGUGAACCUAUUCCUGUUGAUUUUUCAAUGUUAGUCUUUAAUGUGUUUGACAUCAAGGAAAUAUUGGAAGAAAUCUCUCUGGAAGUAAAUUACAAGUUAUACUGGAAAGAUACGAGAUUGAGCAACUGGACGAAAAAUAUUGACCCUGGCCAAAAGUCGGCGACGAUGAGUACUGCUCUCCUCCAUAAAGUUUGGCAUCCCGAUAUUUUCAUUGAUCAUAUUAAAAGAGUUACACAGCCGCAGCUCAUUUCUCCAGCGUCGUCACUUAAAAUUUAUUCUGAUGGAUCGUUACGAUAUACUUCUCGCAUCCUUUUGGUCCUCACGUGUCGCAUGUCGUUUUAUUAUUAUCCAGCAGACACGCAAGAAUGUAAUGUGACCAUGAAAAGUUUUGCUUUUUCUACGAAGCAAAUCGAUCUCAGGUGGCGAGAUGGAAUUGGAGCUUUGCUGGCUAAAUCAAUCGAAGUCCACAACUUUGAUGUAGCAUUAGAAACCUAUCCUGACUACUUACAAACAACGAAAUCGAAUAAUUUUUCAGCUUUGGUGUUUGGGAUAAAGUUACGGAGAAAAUUAUCGUAUCACAUAAUUCAGACUUACAUCCCGAGCACAAUGUUUACCGUCGUCUCCUGGCUAUCGUUUCUUGUCCCCCCUGACUCAACACCGGGACGCAUGGCCAUAUGCGUCACAACAUUGCUGACUGUUACAGCAAUGUUCGGAGCUACGAAGCAGAACACACCCAACGUGGCAUACUGUAAAGCCUUAGACGUCUGGAUGUUGAUGUGUAUAUCUUUCAUCUUUCUCAGUUUAGGAGAGUUUACAAUCGUCCUAAAAUUAAGAAGUAUGAAGGAAAAAAAGCCUAAAAACGAAACCAAGAAACCGGAUCCUCCGAAAAAGGAUGAAAUUGAUGUGGAAAAGAAUAACCAUGUGACGACUGGAAACAAUGCCUCUCCUCCCGGAGGCACAAAUUCAGCUCUAAUCCAAAUCGACCCCAAAAGUGCAACUUUGUCACCAACUCCCGAGCCUGUUAAAGCUGUGAUUCCUCCAAAACCCACACCCCCACCACCCACAAAAUACUUUCUGACGGCCUCCAAGAUUGAGAAGUAUGCUCCCCGAGUGGUCCCCUUAUUGUUUAUAGCGUUUACAUGCACCUAUUGGCCGGUUUUGCUCAUGAUGUCAGACUAUUACAGUCUCAGCACAGAUCCUGAGAUGUUCUACAGUGUUUAAAUGUUAUAAAUAUGCACGACUAAAUUUUUAAAUACAUAAAGAUAAGCUCACAAAAUGCAAAAACGAAAAUCAA